UUUCCAAUUCUGAGUUUUGUUUGCAAUCUGAAGAAAGAAAAAAUCAGAUGAAGAAGUUAGCGAGAAAAUGGCGGAGAACUCGUCGCGAAGAAGAUGAUGAUAAGUUCGUCCUUCCUACUUCUGACGACAUCGAUUCUCGGCCUAUCGAUACGCAGGAGCAAGAGGAGUACGUUAGGUCGCUCGAGGAAGCUCACGCUCAGCAAAGUCGGCAGUGGAGGAGUGUGUUCGUGGUUCUUCUGAUCUGUUAUGGAGCUUUCCUUUUCUACUCCAUCUUCCAGCAGUUCGUUUCACCAUGGGAAUUGCGGUAUCAUGCCUACUUCAUGGAAGAUCUCAAGUCAUGGAUGGUCAUUUCAGCUGAGUGGAUCGCUAUCAUGGCGUGCUGUCUCUCCAUUGUCGGGCUACGAGAUAAGAAGAAUGAUCAUAGAAGAUGGUUCUGGUACUCAUGUGUUGUUGGAUCUGCAUUGACCAUCUUUUGGCUUUACUACUUGCUGAGGCUUCCAAAGUUCCGGUGGGAUGCUAUAUGGCUUCCAUUUGGACCUAUUUGCGGAGCUGGAACUUGUCUAUACGUGGACCAUCUACUGGAGGAAUCAUCUGAAGAAGUGAAAAAACUAAGGAACUAUAUGUACGCAUAUAAAUCAAGGUAGAGAUCAAAUGCCAUCCCUAUACUCUUCAGAGUAACUCUGUGAUAGCCAGUGUGCAAGUUUUGACUCCAUAUAUCAUCCCAUAAAGAGCUUUCUUCUUUUGCUGUAAAUAGAAUCGAAACUUUCAUGUUCUGCAUGAACAGUUAUAAGAUUCAUUUUGUAUAAAAGGAAACUCAUGAUUAACUCAAAGGCUCAAAGCAGACUCCAGCUCACAGGCAAAUCAUGACGCAGAUUUACAGGUAUAAACUUGUUAAACGAGUUGGAACAAUUCACUUGAAAUUGGUGCAGAUUCAUAGAUAUACUCUCAAGAUGUGAUCACUUCGAUAAUGAUCACAUCUGAGCAUUAGCAUCUAGUACUAUGCGAAGUUGUCAUUUUGACAUACAGCCGUAAGAGUAAAAUUAUGUCUUGCUCACAUUUCAUGAGAUAUGGUGGACAAGGAUUCAAGAAGAUAGAUAAACGUUCUCUUCAAUAACUGAUUCGAAAAA